GGAAGCUGAGAAUGCAGUUCCCCGUUGGCGCUUUUCGCGAGUAAAGAGAGGGAGGGGAGAGAGAGCCACAGAGAGAAGAUGGUGAUGUGCUGAAACCUAGACGGACGGAGAUACAGGCUUGACAUGUGCAGACUUAUCUACCAUGGAAACAGAGAUGAUCCCCAAAUUCUCUUCAAAAGACGAGGAAAUCGAUUACUGGAAGACUCUUUCUCUCGAGUACAAGAAAAGCUGCCAGGAGGCGCGGGACGAGCUGCAGGAGUUCCAGGAGGGCAGCAGGGAGCUGGAGGCCGAGCUGGAGGCACAGCUGGGGCAGGCGGAGAGCCGGAUCAGAGACCUGCAGGCGGAGAACCACAGGCUGAAGAGCGAGGUGGACACCCUCAGGGAGAAGCUGGAGCAGCAGUAUGCGCAGAGCUACAAGCAGAUCUCCGUGCUGGAGGACGACCUGGGCCAGACUCGCGGCAUCAAGGAGCAGCUGUACCGAUACGUGAGGGAGCUGGAGCAGGCCAACGACGACCUGGAGAGGGCCAAGAGGGCGACCAUCGUGUCCCUGGAGGACUUUGAGGCUCGGCUGAACCAGGCCAUAGAGAGGAACGCCUUCCUGGAGAGCGAGCUGGACGAGAAGGAGUCGCUCCUGGUGUCUGUGCAGAGGCUGAAAGACGAGGCCAGAGACCUGCGGCAGGAGCUGGCGGUGCGGGACAGGAGCGUGGAUGGCAGCAGGAUGUCGGCUCCGAGCUCGCCCACGCUAGACAUCGACAGGGCAGACUGCGCCGUGCAGGCCUCUCUGUCCCUCCCGGCCACACCCCUGGGCAAGAUCAUGGAUAACGCCUUCCUCAGCCAGAAAGUUCUGAACAAUGGCAGCUCUCCCCUGACACCGUCAGCCAGGAUAUCAGCUCUCAACAUUGUGGGGGACCUGCUGCGGAAAGUAGGGGCCCUGGAGUCCAAACUGGCCGCGUGCAGAAGCAUGGCCAAAGACCAGGCCACCAGGAGGGCUCUGACGGGCAUUACCAACGGCAGCAUCGGUAGCGGCAAGUUCUCCCACACGCUUCAGUCCUGCUCCGACAAACCGAUUGUGAAUGGCCUGGGUCCAGGCACACUGGCGGCCAUCACCUCCCCUCGCACAGUGUCCCCACCCAGCAUACUGCCUCUUAGCAUCUGACCCAUCCCCCACCCCUCACCCGCCUCUGCAAGACAAGGGCACAGAGAGGACCCUGGUAUGAGCCCGGAGGGGCCCGGCCAAUCACAGGCCUCCCUCUGCUUGCACUGAUUGCAUCUGUGCAGAUGCUCCACCCCCUUUUGUGAGAGAAGGGGGAUUGGGCUCCGCCCACAUGUUUUCCUAUAGAACCUACCUAGGUCUUCAACCUACUAUCAUUUCUUGCUGUUUUUUUUUUUUUGUUUGUUUUGUUUAUUUAUUUUGUGUAUACAUUCAUUGAGCACUUUAUUAGGUAUUUAUUAGAUUUAUUCUGUAGCCUAUCCACUUAGAGUUAUGAUGCGUUGUGUGUUCAGAGAUGCUCUUCUGCAUACCAAUGUUGUAAUGUGUGGUCAUUUGCAUUACUGUCACCUUCCUGUCGGCUUUGACCAGUCUGCCCAUUCUCCACUGACCUCUCAUUAAGGUGUUUUUGCCCGCAGAACUGCUGUUCACUGGAUGUUUUUUUGUUUUUUGCACCAUUCUCUGCAAACUCUAGAGGCUGUUGUGUGUGAGAGAUCAGGAGUUAUAUUCUGGCACCAAUCAUUCCACGCUCAAAGUCUCAUUUAGAUCUAAUUUCUUCUCCAUUCAGACAUUUGGUCUGAAAAACGGCUGAACCUCUUGACACAUUAGUUGCUACCACAUGAUUGGCUAAUUAAAUAUUUGCAUUAACAAGCUGGUGUACAGGUCUACCUAAUAAAGUGCCCAGUGAGUGUGUGUAAAGUGUGCGUGUGCAUGUGCGCGCAUGUAAGCGUGGGUUGGUUGGUUUGUUUGCACUUCGGAUAAAUUGCGCAAGUACAUUUUCCUUUUUGGAAAAUAAUUUUAACGACUGACAAAAAUAUUUAUUUGAAUUCAUUGCUGUGUAAGUAGCUAGGAUCGCUCUCGCAUCCGCGUGUGUGCGUGCCGUGCGCGCGGAAAGAAGAGCAGGGAACGCGCGACUGACACGAUGGAGUCCAGUCUGUGGGGUGAGACGCUCCUCAGAGAAGUUUCUGGAAGGACGGGGGGGGGAGUGGCGCUACCUGGCCACAGGCAGCAUGGCGCAUCGGGAAGGAAACUGGACUGCUGCUGGUCAGUUUACAGGCUGAAAUCUCCGCUGUAGCACUGCUGCUGCACCCUGCAGCAAGGUUUUUAGAUCAAUUAUUUGCUUAAUCAUAAAUUACUGAUGUUUUAAUAAGAUGGUAAAAAUAAUAAUAAUAAAUAAUAAAAAUAAUAAAUAAAUGCCAAAAGAAGAGCCAUGUUUACUGACCAAGCAAUUAUGGCCCUUCUUUUCUCAUUUGUUUAUUAGCAGUAAAUCUGUUUAGACCGUUACUGCCCUGACAGUGAGAUAUUUUGAAGGUUUUUUGUUUUAAAUGUAUGUAAUGUUGUCCACUUGUGUCCAGGCAGAGGAGUGGUCUUUUACAGCAAGCCUCUACGAUACGAGUCACAUGGGUAACGAUCCACUGUCCAACAUGGUCGAGCCAACAUCCUGACCCGUUUUUAUACGUUUAAAGAAAAGCAAAAGUGUGGGUGUUUUUUUUAGGCUGUGAUUGUGGUCUGAAUGUGUUUCACGGUUCUCGUGCUUUUGGCAUUAUUGCCAUUGUGAGAACUGACGUUGUGCUCAUGUGCCACUUUAGGUUUUUUUUCAGAGUUGGAUUUUGUGAAAUGCAUUCCAGGUUUGAUUUUAUAUAAAUAAAUGCUUUCCGGGUUUGAUUUUCACUGAACGCAUUUUGUUUCCUAUUUGCUUUCUUCCACUCUGCGGUGCUCCCCAUCUAAAAGUAGGUUAUUCUUCCACAGGUUGGCUUAUCUACAUGGGGAGGUCCACAAAACCCACACCCAUGUUCAACCUGAGUGAUACAUUCAGGCAGGGGGAACAGGGUUUAAAAAAAUUAUUUAAAACAAUUCACUGGAUUUACCAGUAAUUGUCAUGACAUUUCAGUCACAAUGCCGGGGCGAAUGUACAGUCAAAGCUGUAAUGAUAAACAAAAUUUGCCCUUCAGGUAUCUUGGCAACGCCCUUUGUAAAUACUCUUGGUUUCUAAGGUUUUAUAUAUAAUUCACCUGCCAGUGUGGAGACUGAUUUAUCUCAGAUUGUUUAGGGCAUGUGUUUUAAUUGGUGUACAUUGUAAAUGAUGUAUGUUAAAGCUCUUAAAACCUGAUGUGAAACUGUUUGUGUACUGUUGAAAUCUGUCAAUAAAGAAAUUGAAACCCA